AUGCGGCGGGCCCUGAUCCUUCUGAUCUGUCUGUUUAAUUUCCUCGGAAGUUGUGAGGCUUGUCUCAAGACGGUUCCUUCGGAAACGACAACUUCCAUGGUUCGUUUUUGGUUUUGUAUUUCGGUUCUGAAGAGUUUUGUGUGAACCUGUUGGCAGAAACACUAGAAAUUUUUGAGGCUUAGGUUGAUUAUAAUUCGUUUGAAAAACAUAGGGAGCUGAUUUCCAUGGACCUUUAGCAAACAUUAAUGUAUAAGACAAAACCGCAUUUGGAAUGGCUUGACGCGUAACGGCUUCGAAACGGUUGCAAAUCAGUUUUCAAAUUGCAAGUCAGUGAUCAGAUUUUUAAAUUCUUGACGCGUAACAGCCUCUGAGAAGUUUCUUGAUGACACACCCGACCUAAAACUACUUGCGCUUGGGCUCAUCGAAGAGUGAAGAUGCCGUAACCCUCUGAGCCAUUCCAAAUGCGGUCAAUACAAUUUUUAACAAGAAAAUUUCAAUAAUUCAGACCCUCACUACUACCACCCCAACCUCGACCAGCUCCACAUCGACGACAAACACUUCAACCACGUCCACAUCAAGCUCCAGCACAACCUCGACCACUUCUAGUUCAACCUCCACUACGUCCAGAUCCACCAGCUCAUCUUCGACUUCGACGUCGAGCAGCUCAAGCACCUCUACUUCAAGCUCCACUUCCAGUUCAACUUCAACAACACCAAGAUCCACCACGUCGACCUCUAGCAGUACCAGCACAUCCACUCCAAGCACUUCGACCACUUCAAGAUCCACCACUUCGACAUCGACUCCUUCGACCUCCACAACGAGCCUCUCAACUUCCACGACCUCGAACAGCUCCACCUCCUCCACAACGUCGCCGACUACCACGGCAUGUAUGACCCCGACAACGCCUCCUGGCGUCAAAAGUCAGUUUUUUUUUUUGCUUCAUAGUGUGUCCGACCUGAAACGAGUUGGUUCAUAGGCAUAGGAAAAUGUUAGAAUUUGGGAAAAUUAUUGGUUUUGUUCCAGCCUGCCUUUCUUGCGUGCCAUCAAACUUCAGGAUGUGCUCCAACCCGGCCCAAUCGACAAGUCCCGCCACUUUUGAGUAUUAUCCCGAGAAAUAAUUUCCCGAGAAAUAACUCAAAGAUUUUAGGACGGAAAUCGUGGACGGUUGCGUUCGGAUGACGGCGACGUGCACGGCGAUGCCCAACUGUUUCGCCGUUGUUUCGGUUUAUUGAAAUAGAAAGAAACUUUUUACUUGAUCAACUACAACUUCUAGUCCGACAUAGCUUUAAAAAAUCUUGUUGACCGCCUACAUUGGCAAAGUCGGAAGGGUUGAAAGAGGCUCUAUAGAAAUGUUCUUUUUAGGGUGACAGAGGCUCCUUUUUUUCUGCCUUUUUGCGCCAUUUUAUCGGUUUUUUGCACCAUUUUUUGAGCCUUAACUUUUUUUUUUAGGAAAAAAGUGGAAGGCUGUAAUUUAUUGAUUUAUUACAUUCGAAUAACUCUGAUAUGUAUUUUCCAGACCAUUUCAACAACUGGAGACGACUUCCAAAUGAUUGUCGGCAGUCCAACAGCUUCUUUCCCGUUCGACUGCAACGGGGCUGGACGCUUGGAAGUCAUGGGAGUGUUCGUGGUUUCUCCGAGUUUAUUCAAAGUAAAACAUAUUUCAGAGCUUUUGUCGACGUUUUCUGCACGACUUUUUGUUGAGAAACUUUGUUAUCUUUGUGUCAUACGGUUGCAUGCUUGUAAUAAUAAAGUUAAUAGAGUUUUUAUUUGGUUAAGAAAAAAUGGAGGAAUGAAUUUGAAAUCAACGAAGCCCGCAAUCAAAACUCAGUUGUUUCUCGCCAAGAAAUAGAAAAAAAGCGCCUGAACGUUUUUUUAAUGCCUGCCUACGGUGGGUGAGAUGUCCGUUAAGUGUAUACACAUUGACACAUUAUAUUAGACGCGCAUUAAGGCUUUAAAUUAUUCUCGUUUUUUUAUUUAUUUUGCUUUUAAAUUUUACUUACGACUGGUUUUGGACAGAAAAACAGGUGGAUUGUCUCCUUUUUUAAAAGAACGUCAUAAUUUCUGUUGAAUCGUGUCACUACCCUCCCUUGAAUGGGUUCAAGUCAGCCGUGAUGAGAAUCGGCAAAAUUCUAGCGAUUCGUUCAUGCGUCGUUCGAAGUUUUUGUAUUUUCUGGAAUCCUUGUUGAAUUUUUCGAAAAAGAAGAAGCAUAUUGAAAAAAUAGCUGCGUCGGAGAGACAUUUUUUCUAUUUAUGCAUGAAUUCCGCCUCUUCGAACACAUUCACAAGGUUUUUUGAAACAGAUCGUUUCAAAGAAAGCAGCGAGUUCAAUUCAAGAAGUUACAAAAGGCAACCAAGCAUAAACAACUUCAAUAUAGUUUUGCUAUACACUUAGCUGAACUUUUUUUCACUUUCCCUUUUUUUCACUUUUUUUGCUUCUUUUAUAGCAUUUUUGUAUUCUUUUUUUCGAGCAAUUUUUAGAUUUUUUUCUUUGACUUUCGAUUUUUUUCAAUAAUUAACUUUUUAAACAGUUUUUCAUGCUCCAUUUUUGUAUUUCAGAAACCGAAUAUUCUUAAAAACCAGUAAUUGUUUUUUUUUUUCAGUCUGUUCCAAAGUUCUUGCUGUAAUUUUAUAGGUUCAGUAGCCAAGAUAGUUUCAACGAAGUGGAAAAUAAAGUAAUCCGCUAGUAUUUUUGAACAGAAUUAUUGAAAACGGUACUUUUUUUUCUCAAUUUUGAUGCCUUUUAUCGAUUUCAUAAUCUGGAGCUUUUUGUCUCUCAAGAUUCGUACUUUUUAUGGAUGCUUAUUGUUCUCACACCUUUCGUUUAAUGGAUCUCGUCGUGGAAGUUUACCGGUUUCCUUUCGUUUUCAGGUAAUAAUAUCCCUGGGAUGGAUAUGAGUACGAUUAUGGGUGAGGAGGGAAAACGAGGAUGCCGAAAAAAGGGCCGACCGACGAAAUGGCUUUGACUUUUUGAUUCUUCGCAUUACGAGACAAACGACUCGGCGGGCUUCCCGAGGACAUUCGGUGCUGGAGAUGAAGGCGACGACGGUUCUCCUCCUCACUUUCUUCUUCGUCUCGAUUUCCCCAAUUCGGAAUGGUCUCGCCUGCAUGCAAACUGUCCCUUCUUCCACUACCACGUCUACUUCCACGACUACAGAGCCUCCGGCUCUCUCCUGCACUUCCUGCUCCACGGAUCUUCUGACUCAUCCGCCUGAACCGACUCGACAGGAACGUCUUCCGACGCUCAUGUAAGACAGUCUGACCUGGGUUUUGGGGAUUUUUCUGAAACGGCAUCUUCAGUUCGUGUGCGAAACGGUUGCGAGGCGUUUUGGCGACUUUUUAAAACUUUUAUCAGUUUAAAAAAUCUUUUAUUUAUAUUUUCUCUAUUUAUGUAAUGUUAGGAAACCUUCUUUGAAAACCAUUUAUGUAAAUAUUUCAUUUCUUCAACAGGUAACCUAAGUAAAGUUUAAAAAUGAAAAAAAGUUAUUAUUCAUUAUAAUCCGUAUGAGGGCAUUUACUAGUAAUUGAAAAAAAUAAGAGAAAAAAACGAGAACUGUCUGGUUUUUUUCAUAUCAUCAGGAUUUUUUUCCGAAACAUUGUAGAACUUUUUUUAUUUGACCAUUUUCAUGGAAAUUUGUGUAUAUUCUCUAAGAGGAACAUUUGAACUUACUUUUUAGAAAACUUUUGCCUUGAAAUUCUUGAAGAAAGAACCUAUAAAAAUUCAUUUUUCAAUAGUUUUCUCCCCGAAAAUCCCCGUAAAAAUCUAUUUUAACGCAUUUAGCUGUCAAUGUUUUCAAAAACUACUUUCAAAGAUUCUUUAUUGGGAAGAUUGGAAGAAGAACUUCAGAACUGGAACGACGGCCGACGGCUGUGUGCAGGUGUCGGCCAUCUGUGCUCCGCCACCAGACUGCGCCGUCAUUUUCACGGUUUGCACUUCUAGGGAGAUUAUUUCAUGUAGCCGAUUCACGGCUAGCUUGAAAUGUCAAGGGGCGUGGCCUGUCUGCGCUCUCCAGCAACCAGACAUUGUCUCUAUUUUUAUCGUGUCAUGACCCUUUUUUCGAUGGCUCGAGCCAGCCGUGAAUCAGCUAUAGAGGGAAGAGUAAGAAGCUGUUUUAGUGAAAUUUAUUAUAGUCUGUGUGCCACGACUUGAAAUUUCACGGAACGACAUUCCGCUGUUCCGCUGCGUGCGUUCGCGAAGCGUCUUUCGAAUCUAGGUCACGUUUUCAACUGCUUGUUACGGGGGGAGCACAUGAAAGUAGAGUACUUAUAUAUAAAAAUUAAAAGCGCGACCAAGGUUCGCAAAAGGCGCGCAGCGGCACAGCGGAAUGUCGUUCCGGGAAAUUCCAAGUCGUGGCACACAUACUAUAAUAUAAGGUUGAAUGCCUUAUCGUAGUUCAAAUGAAGCUCGCUGUGUAGUUCAAAGUACCAAACCGUUUCAAAAGAAAAAUUUGAAUCUUUGCAUCCCUAUCAACGGAGAUUGAAAAGGAGUUCCAAUACUCGUUUUAAACCCUGUUAUCCACUAAGCCAAGUUGUUUCCGUUUGCGAAAUGUUGCUAUUAACUCAAUUAUAUCCACCGUGGCCCUUCUAGCUUGACUUUUUUUUUUCUCAAACUCUUAAGGAAGUUUAUUCUAGUUUGGAGUUUGGAAUUUUCGGAAAAUUUGCUCAAACCUUCUCCGAAACCGCUACCUGCGUGAACUUCUAGAUUUUGCGAUAUGAGAUUCUAAAGAAUAUUAGUUUUAGGCUUAUUUUUAGUGGUAAGUAGGAAUUUUCAAAAUUCAUGUUUCGGAAACUAUAAGAGAAGGUACUAUAGACAUUUUUAUACGUCUUCACAGAUUUCUUGAACAUUUUUUCGGGAAACAUCACUUAAAAAUGACUUUCCUUGUCGGUUUUGACACUGGACUUUUUCAAAGAAUGCGGAAACUCUUCUCGAAAAUUUUAUAAAUUCAAUAUUUAAAAAAAAAUAGUCCUUCCCAGACUAAGUUCUUGAAAAAAAUGCAUUUACUCCUUUCCUGGACUAUUUACAGCAUUUUUAGGAAGUCCAGAACAGAAUUGGUUGUUCAUAAACUUCCAUUCAAUGAACCUUUCUUUUUUGCAAAUCUCAAAUAUGCAAAAUAAAAAUUUCGAGAAGUGAUGAAAAAAAAGGAGAAUAGAAUUUGAGGCUUAUUUGCUCGACGGUUCAUUCGAAUCAGUGGCCGACGGUUUUGAAGAAACGACAGUUCCACUGGUUUGCAAUGGACAAGGACAACUGACUGUUGCCGGAGUGUUGGUCCAUUUUUCAAUUAAAAACCAAAAAAGUUGAUUUCAGGGCGGUCAAUGGAAUCUACUGCACCGACUUGUGCUUCUAA